CGAGGCCGUCGCCGUUGCCAACGUCAAGCCCGCAAGAACACCAACAUGGCCCGAGGACCCAAAAAGCACUUGAAGCGCCUCGCCGCUCCCUCGUCAUGGAUGCUGGACAAGCUGAGCGGGACCUACGCUCCCCGCCCUUCCCCCGGUCCCCACAAGCUCCGUGAAUGCCUUCCCCUCACCAUCUUCCUCCGCAACAGGCUCAAAUAUGCGCUGACCGGCAAGGAGGUCCUGUCGAUCGUCAUGCAGCGCCUGAUCAAGGUCGACGGCAAGGUCCGCACCGACACCACCUACCCCACUGGCUUUAUGGACGUCAUCUCGAUUGAGAAGUCCGGCGAGCACUUCCGUCUCCUCUACGAUGUUAAGGGCCGCUUCACGAUCCACCGCAUCACCCCUGAGGAGGCGACCUACAAGCUCCUCAAGGUCCGCAAGGCGGCUGUUGGCGCGAAGGGCGUACCAUACAUCGUUACCCACGACGGCCGCACGAUCCGCUACCCUGACCCUGCCAUCAAGGUCAACGACACCGUCAAGUUCGAUCUUGAGCAGAACAAGAUCGUGGACUUCGUGAAGUUCGACACCGGUAACAUCGUUAUGAUCACUGGUGGUCGUAACAUGGGCCGUGCUGGUGUCAUCGUGCACCGCGAGAAGCACAUUGGUGGCUUCGACAUCGUCCACGUCAAGGACAUCCUCGACCGGACAUUCGCUACGCGGAUCUCCAAUAUCUUCGUGCUCGGCGAGGGCACAAAGCCUUGGGUCUCCCUCCCGAAGGGCAAGGGCACCAAGCUUACCAUCACGGAGGAGCGGGAUGUCAAGAGGAAACAGCGGGCGGCCGAGCAAUAAACGUAUGGGUUCGCGCAUCUCUCUGGUCCUCUCUGCUAUCAUGUUUUAUGCCAUGCUUGUAUGACACCUGUACGCCACAAAAUCUACCGCAUGCAUGCAUACUGUGUAGAUCCCCCCGGCACUGUGGUUGGCUUCACCACAGCAUCUCCGCCAAGUUCCUGUCCUCUUGGCGUAGUCUUUUGUUGAUGUUGUUCUGGUACAGUAUAUCAGCCAUGCGGAAGCCGCAGGCUACAUAACCUCGCCACCAAUAUGUGCAUGGCUAAAAGGUGACCGGUGA